CAGAGGUGAUCGGCUGCAGAUAUGAGAAUCAUAACAGGUGUUGAAGAUUCCAGAGGAAAAACGGAAAGCGACUUAAUAGACGUUAGCCAAUCAGAGUUGGAAAUGUAUGGAAACUACCAGUCCCUGAUGCUCAUUACUGGCUUUGACAAUUCUUCUGUUCAGGUCUCCCACCUGAGCUCCACCCCCUCACAGCCCCUUAGCAUCAUGGUGGGCCCCCUCACCCUCACCCACCACCCCCAUCACCAUCACCACCCCUCCGUCAUCAGCACCACCAUCAACCCCGGGCGGCCCCACCCAUCCCCCAUAAGCACCCUGGGCUCGCCAUUCAAUGGGCUGGGCGGCUCGCCGUACUCCGUCAUCACGUCGUCCUCUCUGGGCUCGCCAGGUGUCUCCAUGCCCCACACGCCCACCAUAGGCUUCAGCACGCUCUCCAGCCCACAGGUAAACUCUCUGAACAGUGUGAGCAGCAGUGAGGACAUCAAGCCUCCUCCAGGCCUGGCUGGACUGGGUCACAUGAACAGCUACGGCUGCAUGAGCCCAGGGUCCAUGUCCAAGCACAUCUGUGCCAUCUGUGGGGACCGAUCCUCAGGGAAACACUAUGCCGUGUACAGCUGUGAAGGCUGUAAAGGCUUCUUCAAAAGAACCAUCAGGAAGGACCUCACUUACACGUGUCGAGACAGCAAGGAGUGCCUGAUCGAUAAGCGCCAACGCAACCGCUGCCAAUACUGUCGCUACCAGAAGUGUCUGGCCAUGGGCAUGAAGAGAGAAGCUGUGCAGGAGGAGCGUCAGCGGGGCCGGGACAAGAGUGAUAACGAGGUGGAGUCAACCAGUAGUUUCAACGGGGACAUGCCGGUCGAGAAGAUAUUGGACGCGGAGUUGGCCAUCGAACCCAAGACUGAAGCUUACAUGGAGGCCAGCACAGGCAACUCUAUGAACGACCCGGUCACCAACAUCUGCCAGGCAGCAGACAAGCAGCUAUUCACCCUGGUGGAGUGGGCCAAAAGGAUCCCCCACUUCUCUGAGCUGCCCCUGGACGACCAGGUCAUCUUAUUACGAGCAGGCUGGAAUGAGCUGCUCAUCGCCUCGUUCUCCCAUCGCUCUGUGACAGUGAAGGACGGGAUCCUCCUGGCCACGGGCCUCCACGUCCACCGCAGCAGCGCCCACAGCGCAGGAGUGGGCUCCAUCUUUGACAGAGUGCUGACGGAGCUGGUGUCUAAGAUGAAAGACAUGCAGAUGGACAAGACUGAGCUGGGCUGCCUCCGAGCCAUCGUCCUCUUCAACCCAGAUGCCAAGGGCCUGUCUAAUCCUACAGAGGUGGAGGCCCUGAGAGAGAAGGUGUACGCCUCGCUGGAGUCCUACACUAAACAUAGAUACCCAGAGCAGCCUGGCAGAUUUGCCAAGCUGUUGCUGCGUCUGCCUGCACUGCGCUCCAUCGGCCUCAAGUGUCUGGAGCACCUCUUCUUCUUCAAGCUGAUCGGAGAUACGCCCAUAGACACGUUCCUCAUGGAAAUGCUUGAAGCGCCGCACCAGAUCACAUGACACGAGUUGUAUCCAUUGUAAAUACCCCCUGAACCCAAUUCCCAGAUCCCCUACCCUUACCCCAGAGUGCAACUGCUAUGAAAUCAAACUUGAGAGUUCUUAACUUGCAUAUUUUGUACCAACCACAAUUAAUAAUGUGAAAAUAAAUGUUCCUAUUGGUAUUUUAAGAAAAUGCAACACUGUAAAAGGUGAAUUCUAAAGAAGGAUUUUUUUUGUUGUAAAUAGAAGAGUAUUAAUUAUCAGAUCUAGCAACAACUGAAUGCAACAUGAAGUCUUAUUUUAUUCAGUGAUGAAUAGUAUGAAAUACAGUGUCACUAGCAUAGAAUGUCUGUGGGAAUAAAAUACAAAAGAUGA